GACGCUGGAGCCCUCCCUGGACGCCAGCGGAUACGGCUGCACCCGGCUGCUGACCCAGUUCAUGACUUCGGUGACGGAUGUGGUGGUCCAGGCCGAGGAGCAGGUGCUGACGGCCGGGCCGCAGGAGACGCCCCUCAUGCAGAACGAGACGGUCCGCAAGGACGUGGUGGUGCUCGUCUACAACCUGGUGGCGACCUUCGCGCAGGUGCUGGAGCGUCUGGCCUUCGAGGACGCCGAGUCCGAGGAGGGCUCGGGCUCCGAGGAUGGCGCGCCGGCCGUGGCCGAGGCGCCGAGCGUUGAGUACCGGCUGCUGGUGGUGCUCUCCAACUGCCACGUGCUGCGUGUCAGCCGCGCCCCCCAGCUGGCCGACGUGUUCACCUCGCACGGGUUCCCGGCGGCCGAGGUGCAACAAGGCUGCAGAAGGCAUAGUGGAGAUGAGCAUGUACCAGGCCGGUUCGACUGGUCCCACGUGCUGAGGCCGCCCACGGACGUCCGCGGCUAUGUCAAGGAGUUAUCAUGA